UGGGACCCGGGAGGCGCCGCCUGGGAGUGGAGGAAUCGCCUUCUCCGUUCGGUCCAGCUGCUGGGUCCGCGCGCCUCCCAGAUGCCCACUUAAGGCCGGCCAGCCUCUUUUGUUCUGCAGCGGCCGGGCGGCGAGAGGUUUCCCCCCACCGGACGCUCAUCUCCUCCCCACCCGCUGCCGGCCCAUUGAAACCACCAGCUGCAGCAGAUCACGAUGCAAAGCAGCAAUGUCCGUGUAGCUGAACGUGCUCUUGUUCCUGGUGCCCAAUGGAGCCAUCUCACAGGUGGCAUGUCGAGAGGGGUGAUGGGCAUCCUGCGGAGCUGCAGGCAAAGGCUCGGGUGCUGGUGCCCAGCGGGAGUAGUUGGCCAAGAGUGGAAAACCAUGGUGGCAUCGGGCUUGAGCACCAGGUGAUAGAAACCUGCCCCCCUGUUCCUUGGGCCCACUACACGCAGUCUCCACUCAGUAAUGAUAUCCCCCAGAACCAUAUGGGAGUAGAGGACCGGCCCUCCCACCCUGAGAUCUACAGCAUUGCCCUGUGGGGGCCAAAACUGCACUCAGCACUAACCAGACACAGAGGGGGGCGGUCCAACAUACAUCCUUCUGCUGCCAAGCAUCGGGGCCAGCCAGGAGAAGGAGAUGGAACUGAUGAGGGCUCCUUGGUGUUGAUUGAUGCAGAAGGGGUGCCUCACACAGUAUCCCGCCAGGAGGUUGAGCUGGCUGGGCAGGUGCAAUCUUCAGAGCCUGAGCUGUUGGCAGCAGCUCCUCCACCACGGCAGCUGUACUUCUGUCCAAUUUGCCUACGGACGUUUCUGUACCAGUCAGACUUGGAGCGCCACAGCAUCACCCACUCAGAGAGCAAGCCGUAUGUGUGCAGGGAGUGUGGCAAGGCGUUCAAACGUUCCUCGCACCUUCAGCGGCACAAGCACAUCCACACCGGCGAGCGGCCCUUCAGCUGCCCCGUCUGCCGCAAGGGCUUCCGUGAAUCUGGCGAGCUCUUGCGCCACCAGCGGGUGCACACAGGGGAGAAGCCCUACCAGUGCCAGAUUUGCCGGUUGCGCUUCACAGAACGCAACACCCUCCGACGGCAUGCCAAGCGCAAACAUGCCCGUGAGACUUACUACCAACGCUCUGUUGAGGAGGGAGGCGGCAGUUGGACUAUGGCUGGGGACUGGGAAUCGGAAGUGGUGGCAGGAACUGGGGACUGGGGGACAGAGGAACUUGACAGUGGCUGGACCAAUGACACCAUGGAGGACUGGGUUGGGGAUGGCAGCCACUGGAGGGAGCCAGAAGAAAGUGGAGCAGGAGGCACACCUGUAGUCCUGUCACAUCGGCCAGAGUUGGAGUCUGUCAAGGACAAAGACAAACUUGACAUCCAGCCCCCAUAAAUAUGCACAUGCUGGGGGUACCCAUGAAGAAGCCAGAUUGGGGAAUGAACUCUGGCCUGCAAUUACCCGUUCUCUGUAAAUGCCUCUUCCAUGACUUGUGUCAAAGGAAGCCACAAGACUGAGGAUGGAGCACUUUCUUCAAACUGCUCUAGAAUGCUGAGGACCUCAACAUUCCAGUGGUUGGAAAAAUGGGUGGGCAUCAUGACGAACUAGAGAAGGCUGACAGUGGAAGUACUCUUCCUUCCAGCAGUUAUAUCAUGAUAUCCAAGAGCUAUUCAGGGAUCGGAGGGGCCAUAUCAGACAUUAUAUUCUGUAACAGGGUGGAACAAGAGCACCUGAAGAUUUUGCUCUUUAAGCAUGUUGCAAUAUUCUGAGAAGAAAGCCCCCUCCCUAAUUGUACCAAACAAAACUUUGACACGUUGGACAUUUGUAAGAUUAUUUACCCCAUUCCUAACUGCUUUUUAAAAAAGAUUAUCCUCCAUUCAAGGGAACAUUUUUGGUUUGCAUACCUUUCAAUGAAUUAACAUAUACAAAA